CCACUUUGGUCAGUUUCCGAAAACAAACCAAGAGCUACAAAGAGGCAAAACCCUGCUGUAUCUUUGAGAGCCUUGGUGAAGAUAGAAUUGCAGAGCGAGAAUUGUCACUGAGGUUGCUGUUGGUGUGAAGAGAGGAUCUGACGAACUACUCUCAGGCAGUGUUCUCAGUAGUCCAAACUCUAAUAUGAGUGGCAUGGUAGUUACAGCCAAUGGUAAUGACAGCAAGAAAUUUAAAGGAGAAGAUAAAAUGGAUGGUGCUCCUUCUCGUGUACUUCACAUUCGAAAAUUACCUGGUGAAGUGACAGAAACUGAAGUUAUUGCUUUAGGCUUACCUUUUGGUAAGGUGACCAACAUCCUUAUGCUGAAAGGAAAAAACCAGGCAUUUUUGGAACUAGCAACAGAGGAAGCUGCUAUUACUAUGGUUAAUUACUAUUCUGCUGUGACACCUCAUCUUCGUAACCAACCAAUUUAUAUCCAGUACUCUAAUCACAAAGAACUAAAGACAGAUAAUACAUUAAACCAACGUGCUCAAGCAGUUCUUCAAGCUGUGACAGCUGUCCAGACAGCAAAUACUCCUCUUAGUGGCACCACAGUUAGUGAGAGUGCAGUGACUCCAGCCCAGAGUCCAGUACUUAGAAUAAUUAUUGACAAUAUGUACUACCCUGUAACACUUGAUGUUCUUCACCAAAUAUUUUCUAAGUUUGGUGCUGUAUUGAAGAUAAUUACAUUUACAAAAAAUAACCAGUUUCAAGCUUUGCUCCAGUAUGGUGAUCCAGUAAAUGCUCAGCAAGCAAAACUAGCUCUAGAUGGUCAGAAUAUUUAUAAUGCUUGCUGUACUCUAAGGAUUGAUUUUUCCAAACUUGUGAAUUUGAAUGUAAAAUACAACAAUGAUAAGAGUAGGGAUUAUACUCGACCUGAUCUCCCAUCUGGAGAUGGACAACCUGCAUUGGACCCAGCUAUUGCUGCAGCAUUUGCCAAGGAGACAUCCCUUUUAGGGCUUCCUGUUGCAGCUGUUCCAGGAGCUCUCAGUCCUUUGGCUAUUCCAAAUGCUGCUGCAGCCGCUGCUGCAGCUGCUGCUGGCCGAGUGGGUAUGCCUGGAGUCUCAGCUGGUGGCAAUACAGUCCUGUUGGUUAGCAAUUUAAAUGAAGAGAUGGUUACGCCCCAAAGUCUGUUUACCCUCUUCGGUGUUUAUGGAGAUGUGCAGCGCGUGAAGAUUUUGUACAAUAAGAAAGACAGUGCUCUAAUACAGAUGGCUGAUGGAAACCAAUCACAGCUUGCCAUGAAUCAUCUUAAUGGACAGAAAAUGUAUGGAAAAAUUAUUCGUGUUACUCUCUCUAAACAUCAGACUGUACAACUACCACGAGAGGGGCUUGAUGAUCAAGGGCUAACAAAAGAUUUUGGUAAUUCCCCAUUGCAUCGUUUUAAGAAGCCUGGAUCCAAAAAUUUUCAGAACAUUUUUCCUCCUUCUGCCACGCUUCACCUAUCUAAUAUCCCUCCUUCAGUAGCAGAAGAGGAUCUCCGAACACUGUUUGCUAACACUGGCGGCACUGUGAAAGCAUUUAAAUUUUUUCAAAGAGAUCACAAAAUGGCUCUUCUUCAGAUGGCAACAGUGGAAGAAGCUAUUCAGGCCUUGAUUGAUCUGCAUAAUUAUAACCUUGGUGAAAACCAUCAUCUGAGAGUGUCUUUCUCCAAGUCAACAAUUUAAGAGAGGGAAGAAGAUUUGGGGUGAAUCACAUUGUUUGGUGUCAUCACCUAUUGACUGUUCAGAAAAGUGGGGACCAGAGUUUGAUUUUCUUUUUGUUGUUUCUUGUUUGUUUUCACAUGCUGUUAUCAUUCCUUGGUUAUAAAAUGAAAUGGCAUAUGUAAAGGCAGAGUUACAAACUGCUAUACGUCAUCUGUUCAAUAGGGAAGCCAUUUUUAUUGUCUGUUUAAAUUUUCAGUUUAAUUUUGCUUUCUUUUUUUAACUUAGUUGACAUAACGUGCCUUAAAAAGGAAAACUAGUGUUGCUAUUGUGCAUUUACUAGAAAAAAAAGGAAUUGGUUGUCUAGGGCACAUUGUUAUAUGGGAAUUAAAAUAUGUUUAGGCAGGGGUGUGUAAAAAGGUUAAGUUUUUGUUUCUCCUGCUUGGAACUUAUUUUGAAUUAUUGGCUUAUUGCAUUUCUUUCUAUUUAAUCAGAUAAGAUACUGGAUAUUGAAAGAAUAAAGCAGCGUUUUUAGUUUAUACUACCUUAGGCUUUAUUGCUUUUUAAAAAACAUUGGCCUUUUGUAUCUCACAAUUCUGGUCUAGAUUCAGUUAUGAAUGUAGGCAUUAGUUAAAGUUAA